AUGGCUACACUGUCUCCUAAAUCCCUCUUCACCAGGGUCAUCAAUGCACCACGAAUACACAAUGUGCCUGUUCUUAAUGUUGUGAUAAUCUCGGUGCUCGGGUCGUUUCUCCUCAAACUCACAACAAAGUACAACGACUUGUACAUGAAGAGUUCCUUGGUCACGAUUAUAGUGACCAACUUGGUGCUUUACGGCAUUUCCGAGACAUUGGCACAAUCGCUUCUUAGCUAUAGAGGCCUGGCUGAGCGGUUUUCUGUUACGGUCAACGAGCCAUCCUACGAUUUAGAGGCAGAAUUGGGAAACACCUUUGAAGACGAGGAUCCGGAUAAUGAUACCGAGCUGCUUCGAGAGGAACACGUCACGGAGUUUUUGCAAUACCUAGAUGGAGAAGAAGUGCAAAGCGAGGGGAUCACUCCGGCGUUCUUGGGGCCUCAGUUGACCUACUUUCUGUUCAGCAGACUAGCUGGAUUUAUGUGCUGGGGCUUUAUCAUGGGAAUGGCGCAGUGCUUUUGGUAUAAGUUCUUGCAGAUUUACUCCAAGGACCCUAAGGUUGUGGAGGUUAUCCGGAAGGUGCUCAGCGACCAGUUCUUAUACUCUCCAGUUUCGCUCUUUUGCUUCUUCGUCUACGGUACUAUGGUGUUGGAUAACGGCUCCUGGGAAGACGCCACCGAGAAGCUUAAAAAGAUCUACCUCAAGACGCUCAUGAUCAACUACAGUGUUUGGUUUCCGGUGCAGUUCAUUAACUUUUUGUUGGUGCCCCGUCUGCUUCAGGUUCCGUUUUCCUCGUCGAUUUCCGUUCUCUGGAACUGUUUCCUUUCCAUGAGGAACUCCCAGUCGUAG